AUGUCGUCUAGAGAAGUAGUUUUAGGAUUAAUAUUGAAUUAUUUGGAAAGAGAUCCUCAAUUUUCCAAAGUUUCUUCAGCUUUAACCAAGACCAUCGCAAAGAAUGAUAUAGCCGUUUUAAAGAGCGAUGCGAAAUUGGAGGAAUUGAUAGUCAUCAAGGAAGAGAAAGAGGAUGUGAAGAUGGAAGAUGCAAAAAAGGAAGCAACUGAUGAGAGUGACAGCGAUAGCGACUCAGAUAGCUCUAGCUCAGACAGUUCCAAUUCAGAUAGCUCUAGCUCAGACAGUUCUGAUUCAGACAGCUCUAGCUCAGACAGCUCUGACUCAGAGAGCUCUAGUUCUGAUAGUUCUGAUUCCGACAGCUCAGAUUCCGACAGCUCAGAUUCAGAUUCAGAUUCCGCUUCCGACUCAGAUUCAGACUCAGACUCAAACUCAGACUCAGAUAGUUCGAGCUCAUCAUCCUCUUCAUCGUCAUCGUCAUCGUCAUCGUCAUCUUCUUCAUCAUCGUCGUCUGACUCUUCCGACUCCGACUCCGACUCCGACUCUUCUUCAUCAUCGUCUUCCUCAGACUCAUCUUCAUCAUCAGACUCAUCAUCGGAUUCUGAUUCUUCAGACUCAGACUCCGGCUCCGACUCAGAUUCUGAAUCUAAACCCUCCAAGAGAUCCCACUCAGACGAUGAAUCAUCUAACUCAUCCAAGAAGCAAAAGAAGGAAAAAGAUAGUUCCUCGUCAAGCACAGAGUCAAUGACCCCUACACCAAUUCCAGAAGACCACAUCCCAGCUUCCUUAGAAGAGUUACAGCCUGGCCAGAGAAUCCACUUCUCUAGAAUUGAUAGAUCCAAGAUCUCAUUUGAAAACCAAGCAUUAUUGGAUAACACCUAUAAGGGCGCUGCCGGAACUUGGGGUGAAAUGGCCAACGACAAGCUCCUUCAGGUUAGAGGAAAGGAUUUUACCAAAAACAAGAACAAGAUGAAAAGGGGUUCCUAUAAAGGAGGGUCCAUCACCAUGCAUUCAGGAUCCUACAAGUUCAAGGAUUAG